UUAGGAAAAAAUAAACAAUAUCAGUCAAUCUCUGCUGUAUAUGGUGCACUAGUUUGCAUGUGUAAACACAAAAAUGUUGGGUAGCCCUUCAAAUAACGGAGGCAUUCGGAUGCUGGGCCCCCCUGCACCCAAUGAUGACAGGCGGGUUGAGUUUGUGGCUCUCACAGCUGUUCACACUGAAAGAAGCGAGCCUUCGACCCCAGAGCGCGGACAACCAUCUCACCGCACCGGCUUACUGGGCACACCUCUGCCAGUGCCACCGGGCCCGAGGGCGACCCCUUCUGCCUCCAGCAAAAGCUACAGAAAGUUGCAGAAUUGCCUGUACAACGUGCUCGAGAGACCCAGAGGAUGGGCAUUUAUCUACCAUGCCUUCAUUUUUCUCCUAGUGUUCAGCUGUCUGGUCCUUUCUGUUUUCUCUACCCUUCCAGACCAUCAUACAUUUGCCAACGAGGGGCUCUUCAUCCUGGAGUUUGUGAUGAUCGUGGUUUUUGGCCUGGAGUACUUUGUGAGGAUCUGGGCAGCCGGAUGCUGCUGCCGGUACAGAGGAUGGCAGGGUCGGCUACGGUUCGCCAGAAAGCCCUUCUGCAUCAUAGACUUCAUUGUCUUCGUGGCAUCACUGGCAGUGAUAGCAGCGGGCACACAGGGAAAUAUCUUCGCCACAUCUGCUCUGCGCAGCAUGCGGUUUCUGCAGAUAUUGCGCAUGGUGCGCAUGGACCGCCGGGGAGGAACCUGGAAGCUACUGGGCUCUGUGGUGUACGCUCACAGCAAGGAGCUGAUCACAGCCUGGUACAUUGGCUUCCUGGUACUGAUCUUUGCCUCAUUCUUGGUCUAUUUGGCUGAGAAGGAGGAUAACCAAGAAUUUUCCACUUAUGCUGACUCCCUCUGGUGGGGAACAAUUACCCUCACUACGAUCGGAUACGGAGACAAGACACCACGCACCUGGCAAGGUCGUCUUUUAGCGGCUUGUUUUGCCCUGCUAGGAGUGUCCUUCUUUGCCCUGCCGGCUGGCAUCCUGGGUUCAGGUUUUGCUCUGAAAGUGCAGGAGCAGCACCGGCAGAAACACUUUGAGAAGAGGAGGACACCCGCUGCCAACCUCAUACAGGCUGCAUGGCGUCUCUACUCUACAGAUGCUCAGCACUCAUAUCUCACAGCCACCUGGUAUUUCUAUGACAGUAUGCUGCCGUCCUUCAGAGAACUGACAUUACUGUUCAGUCACCUCCAACGGCAGCGUAGCACCAAGAAGGUUCUUCACAACUCCUACCACACCCUGCUGUCGGGGCUCCGGCCGUAUAGCUCCCCCUACCUGUCUGGGGACAGGUACGACACUGUCCAGUUUAACUAUCUUCCUAGAGGACACUAACUCUUCCCUGCAAUUUACAGUAAUACAGUUAAAUUCACAUACUAGCAUACUGUAGUGUAGUAAAGUCUCAGGUUAUUACUUAAAGCAUUCAUCGAUAUGUAAGUUGUUUACAGGAAGUUCAACACCUGGCACUCCAGUAAGCUGCAGUUGUGUUACUUGUUUGUGUUUUCUGUAUGCCUUCCUGUGUUCGCUUGUCUUGUUUUUUGUGCUGAUACUAAUACACAUCUAUACUGGGACAUU